UCCACACUACCUCUGGUCUAGCGCCCGUUGGAGGGGUGGCAUGGUCAGCUUCAACGAGCUGCCCAGAUUCACUCCUGCAUGGCUUAUUGUGCAAGUCUACGAGGUAUUUCCGGAACCUGCUGGUGAUCACAACCCCGGCAUUGCCCAGCGGUCUCGCCUCGACCAAGAUCUUCGUCCCGAGGAUCUAGACAGAUUCCUCCACGGCGCAUGUCAUUCCUAUCAACAACAAUGAUCAGACUACUUGCUGCAGUAAGAAGCAAGUCUGGGAGAUGCGUGCCGAGAAGCAGUGGCCAGACUUUCCAGCAGAACCCAGGAACACUCCGUGUGACCCCUAGAAAACACUAGCUUCCCUUUCCAACCACACUCCACGGCCCGUGAACCGUCAUUACUUGUCUCAUUUCAGGAAAGACUAGGGAUGAAGGGUCACGAUGAUCCCGCCCCCGUGGGGCCCCGCGCGAAGACCUUGAUAGCGCCGCCCUGAGCUCCGGGCCGUGGCAAGUUCACGAAGGCAUUGGCAUCUUAGGCUAUCUUCUACUCCUUGACCAUCCUCACCCCAGCACUUCACCAUGUACCGCGAACUUGCCGGUAUCUCGGCCCUCGUGGCCACUGUCUCGGCUCAGGCAGCCUGUAGCCUGACGGCGGAGACUCAUCCUUCCCUGACCUGGGCCAAGUGUGCAGCGGGCGGUACCUGCACCAACGUUCAGGGUUCAGUUACAAUUGAUGCGAACUGGAGAUGGGUUCACAGUACCUCUGGGUAUACCAACUGCUACACUGGAAACCAAUGGAAUGCAACCGUUUGCUCAGACAACAAAGCUUGCGCGGCCAACUGCUGUGUGGAUGGAUCAGACUACAGCGGCACAUACGGCAUCACCACGACAGGAAACGCCUUGAAUCUCAAGUUCGUCACCAAGGGUUCCUCUACAAACAUUGGCUCUCGGACCUAUCUCAUGGAGUCAGACACCAAGUACCAGAUGUUCACACUACUCGGCAAUGAAUUCACCUUCGAUGUUGAUGUGAGCAACCUGCCUUGUGGCUUGAACGGUGCUCUGUACUUCGUGUCCAUGGACCAAGAUGGCGGUGCUUCUAAGUACCCCACCAACAAAGCCGGUGCUAAAUAUGGUACUGGGUACUGUGACUCUCAGUGCCCUCGGGACCUGAAGUUCAUCAACGGUGAAGCCAAUGCUGAGGGCUGGAGCGCGUCAACCAACGACCCCAAUGCGGGCCAUGGUAACUAUGGCUCAUGCUGCUCCGAGAUGGAUAUCUGGGAGGCCAACUCGAUUAGCACGGCAUAUACGCCGCAUCCAUGCGGAACAGUCGGGCAGGACCGAUGCGAGGGUGAUAACUGUGGAGGCACAUUCGCCACCGACAGAUAUGCCGGAACCUGUGAUCCCGAUGGAUGUGACUUCAACUCCUACCGUCAGCAGAACACCACCUUCUAUGGCCCCGGCUCCGGAUUCACCCUCGACACAAAGCAGAAGCUCACCGUGGUCACGCAGUUCCUCAAGGGCAGCGACGGCAACCUGGGCGAGAUCAAGCGGUUUUACGUCCAGAAUGGCAAGGUCUUUGAGAACUCGCAGUCCAACGUCGCCGGCAACCCGGGCAACUCUAUCACCGCCGACUACUGCACUGCACAGAAGAAGGCUUUCGGCGAUACCGACAUCUUCGCCCAGAAGGGAGGUCUCGCCCAGAUGGGCAAGGCCGUCGCAGCCCCCAUGGUGCUCGUGCUCUCGGUCUGGGACGACCACGCGGUCAACAUGCUCUGGCUUGACUCCACCUUCCCAGUCGACAAGGCCGGCUCCCCGGGUGCCGCCCGCGGCUCCUGCCCGACCACCUCCGGUGUCCCGGCUGAGAUCGAGGCCUCGGCCCCCAACUCCAACGUGAUUUACUCAAACAUCAAGUUCGGACCGAUUGGCUCGACCUUCAACGCCCCGGGUGGCGGCAGCGGCGGCUCCUCGUCCAGCACGACCAGGUCGUCCACCACAAUCACCACCUCCACCCGGACCACCUCGACCGCUGCCAACCCGACCACCUCGUCGCCAGGUACCAACUGCGCGGCCAAGUGGGGCCAGUGCGGUGGACAGGACUGGAAGGGUGCUACCUGCUGUGCCUCUGGCAGCACUUGCCAGGUCAGCAACCAGUACUACUCUCAGUGCCUGUAAGCUGCAGGCCGGACAAGUGGUCAAGGCAGGAAAAGGAUUCCCAAAUUUCCAUUCACUCGCACAUAGGGCCUUGAUAGAGGAAGACCGUAACCUGUUCUCCUUUGAAAACAUGAUAGGCGGGUUUGAGCAUUAGUUAAAGACGGAAUUCGGUCAUUUACAAAUAGGCGCCAACGUAUAUACUUCGCCAUUUAAAUUCUGGUAGAUAUUAC